AACUAAAUUAUUAGAUGAAAUACAGACUUUAGACAUGUUGAUGUGCGAAAGACAAGCGUACAGCUAUGUUCACCAUCGAGACUACCUGGCGUACGACGGAGAAGUAGAUUGCUCGAUGACUCUGAGCUCUGACUCGGACAGUUGCCACACUCCGUCGUCCAGUGACAGCGACCACUGGGCAUACCUCUCUGGCGUAGAGGUCGAGGACGAUGUCUUCACAGAGAGAGAGGUCGUCUUAUCUUACGACGGAUGUCAACUUUCCGACACCGUCACUUACGAUCCUCCAGACCAAGACUUGUACUACACUCCGAGCGAAAAACCAUUUAAAAAAGAACUCCAGUACGACGAAACCUCUAUUGUAGACGAUGACGUGAAAAACAUAAACAUAAACGAAAUAAACUGUACCGACUCUUUCCUGAAGUGGCUGGACAGUGAGCAAGAUCUUAGUCUUUCUUACGAAUCGAACGAAUCGACCGAAAACGAAAAUUCAAUAGAUUUCCAAGAAUACUCGCAAGAAAUGUUUUCCCCAGAUUACGUGAACAACAACUUUGAGAGCCAAGAGACAAGUUUGCCCCCCAUUCAGACAAUGCUUCCUGCGGGAUCAAAAAUCAUCCACUCGUUCCCAUCGGAGAAGUGCUAUCGAGCGAGAGACUCGUUCAAUUUACUCAUUCGAGGAUCUGCUACGAGCCUGCAUUUGGACAAUGUGAUGGACGGAAGCACAGAAAACAGAGGGGGAUAUGGUCACCUAAUGUGUAAAGACGAACAAGAUGAAAACAGCUACCCUUCUUACUACACAAACUUUACGGAGAACCAGGUUGUGAUGGAACAGUCGAAGGGAGAAUUAUUAGACAAACUGAGACAAAGAGAGGCAAUGAACUCUCAGACGAAUCCUCAGCCACAGACUGACAAAUGCUUGCUGGAGUGCCGCUGGGAAGACUGCUGGUCAGUGUUUGUAGGCCAAGCAGCGCUUGUUCGUCACAUAGAGAAGACGCACGUAGAGUUGCGCCGCUCGGACGAGUUUGCGUGUUUGUGGCAAGACUGCCCUCGGAGAACCCGACCCUUCAACGCUCGCUACAAGCUUCUCAUCCACAUGCGCGUCCACUCGGGCGAGAAACCUAACAAGUGUCCUUUCCCAGGUUGCCAGAAGGCGUUUUCUCGGCUGGAGAACCUCAAGAUACAUCAGCGUUCACACACGGGAGAGCGACCGUACUGCUGUCAGUUCCCAGCCUGCGCCAAGGCUUUCAGCAACAGCUCCGACCGAGCCAAGCAUCAACGCACUCACUACGACACGAAACCUUACGCUUGCCAAGUCGCCGGGUGCAGAAAGCGAUACACGGACCCAAGCUCUCUCAGAAAACACAUCAAGAACCACACAGGGACAACCAUCUGUAAAACUAAGAAAUUGAUUGCAAGUGAGCCUUUGGUGACAAUAUCAAACAUAGAACAGCGCCAGAGGGAAAGGCUUAACUCAUAUGCUUCCGAGAGCACAAGUGACUACCAAGAAGAAGAAUAUAAUCAGAAUGACCAGUUUGUAGAGGAAAUAUCGGACACCGAGGUUGUAGACUACACAAACUACGAGACGACCGAGCCACUUUUUGAGAACGAGUCGGCUGGUUUGUCAGGCUUGGAUUUCAACAACGACAUUGAAAAACACCUUUUUGACGACACUACCUUCAAUAACUCGGACUUUUUGACAUUCGACGAUGAAGAAAUGCUUAGUCUCUUAAGCAAGUAG